AUGGGGACGCUGUCCGCGGGACAAAGCUUGAGUUCGUGUAUGGAGGCAGGGGUAGAGGUAGACGUUAUUAGCGAAUGGUCCUGGUUUGAGGGUGAGAGCCAUACAUUGCAGAAUCAUUUCUUGGUUGAGGUGGGGUUUGCGGAGGGCAGCUUUGCUGAAGCAGUCGAUGAAAGCACGUCAUGGGUUCACGAUAGGCCAGGAACUGUUAUGUUCCCGUCGACUACUAUUGGGGCUAGUGGGGAAUGCGCUUAUCGAUGUGCUGUGGCUGCUAACAAGAGGAGGAGGAGUAGUGGGGAUGCUGAAUACUGGUGGACAGGCAUGCAACAACAGAUGGAGAAUAGUGAAGAGCCAAUAUCUUGGGCGAACUUUAGAACUCAUUUCCUGGAGAAGUACUUUCCAGAUACGGCGAGACAGGACAGGGUGGCUGAAUUCCUCGCAUUGCAGCAGGGAGACAUGACAGUGCAGGAAUAUGUGAAUAAAUUUGAGCACUUGGCGAGGUAUUCCUCACAGAACAUCACGGAAGAGUGGAAGUGUUUAAAGUUUGAGCGAGGACUCAGACUUGAGCUGAAGAGGGUGGUAACACCUUUGAGAGAGAGGAGAUUUCCUAUCUUGGUGGAACAGGCCAAGAGUGCGGAGCACCUUGAGAAGGGCCCUGGUCCAGUUGUGAGACGACAUCAGAAAAAUGUCGUUGAGGCUAGGCAGAUGAAAAAGCCUUCUAGCAGACCACAGACAUCCCAGGGUCCCUCUUGCUACCAGUGUGGUGGACCCCAUCUUAAGAGGAACUGUCCUCAGUUGGCAAGCGGAGUAGGAGGGUCAGGUGACCGCCGCAAAUGUUUUAUAUGUGACAAACCGGGACACUUCGCCUAUAAUUGCCCAGAAAAGAAGAGUCUUGGCACGAAGAAUCCAACACCAUCGCCAGCAGAGCGAGCUAGGGCAGCAGGCAGAGUCUUUGCCCUAUCCACCACCGAGGCUACACAGUCGGGUAAUCUUAUUCUUGAACCUUGUGUGUUGUUUGGUAAAGUAGUACUAGUGUUGUGUGAUUCUGGGGCAACCCAUUCCUUUAUUUCUAAUGUGUGUGUGGGGAGAUUGAAUUUGGUGACACGUGAUUUAGAAUGUGAGUUGCUUGUAUCAACUCCCUCCUCAAGUCAAGUGGCUACCAGUUCCGUCUACGUUGGGUGUUCAAUGGAAGUGGCAGGUCGCACAUUCAAGGUGAACUUGGUGUGCUUGCCUUUGGAGGGACUGGAUGUAAUCUUGGGGAUGGACUGGCUGUCUAACAAUCACAUCAUAAUUGAUUGUUGA